CUGGGCUGAAGCCCAUGUAAGCUCCUCCAGCUGCAUCCUAGGGAGGGAGCGAGGCUGCGUUCAGUCUGAGAGAGGCUGCCUGAGACAGCGGCCACAGGCUGCACUGAGCUGGUAGCUUUUACAAGGGGCUGAAUUCCCAGCCAGACGCUGACCCUUUGGCCUCUUCUUUGAAGGGUGGGGAGAGAGGAGGAAGUUGUCUCAUCUUGGAAGCUCUGGGCUGGCCUUUAUCUCUUUUUUGAUUUGGAGUAGUUACCUCCAUGGGAACUGCCUUCCAGGUAUUCAUUAAAGGAAACGGAGUGGUCCCCACACUGGAAAUGCGAAAGGAUGACAGUUUCUGAGAGUGACUGUUAACAGCUCAGAGGUGCCUUCCCUGUUCAAAAUGCCUUUUAAAGCAUUUGACACCUUCAAGGAAAAAUUUUUGAAACCUGGGAAGGAAGGCGUGAAGAAUGCUGUAGGAGAUUCCUUGGGGAUUUUGCAAAGAAAAAUUGAUGGGACCCAUGAGGAAGAAGAUAACAUCGAGCUGAAUGAAGAAGGAAGGCCGGUGCAGCCGUCCAGGACAAGCCCCCCACUCUGUGACUGCCGCUGCUGCGGCCUCCCCAAGCGUUACAUCAUUGCCAUCAUGAGUGGGCUGGGAUUCUGCAUUUCCUUUGGGAUUCGGUGCAAUCUGGGAGUUGCCAUCGUGGAAAUGGUCAACAACAGCACUAUCUAUGUUGAUGGAAAACCAGAAAUUCAGACAGCACAGUUCAACUGGGAUCCAGAGACAGUGGGCCUUAUCCAUGGAUCUUUUUUCUGGGGUUAUAUUGUGACCCAAAUUCCAGGUGGUUUCAUUUCAAACAAGUUUGCUGCGAACAGGGUCUUUGGAGCUGCCAUCUUCUUAACUUCGACUUUGAACAUGUUCAUUCCUUCCGCGGCCAGAGUGCAUUACGGAUGUGUCAUGUGUGUCCGAAUUUUGCAAGGUCUAGUGGAGGGUGUGACCUACCCAGCCUGCCAUGGGAUGUGGAGUAAGUGGGCCCCACCUUUGGAGAGAAGUCGACUGGCCACAACUUCUUUCUGUGGUUCCUAUGCGGGGGCUGUGGUUGCCAUGCCCCUGGCAGGGGUGCUGGUGCAGUACAUUGGAUGGUCCUCCGUCUUUUACAUUUAUGGUAUGUUUGGGAUUAUUUGGUACAUGUUUUGGCUGUUGCAGGCCUAUGAAUGCCCAGCAGCGCAUCCAACAAUAUCCAGUGAGGAGAGAACCUAUAUAGAGACAACGAUAGGAGAAGGCGCCAACUUGGUUAGUCUCAGUAAAUUUAACACUCCAUGGAAAAGAUUUUUCACGUCCUUGCCGGUGUAUGCCAUUAUUGUGGCCAAUUUUUGCAGAAGCUGGACCUUUUAUUUGCUCUUAAUAAGUCAGCCUGCUUAUUUUGAAGAGGUCUUUGGAUUUGCAAUAAGUAAGGUGGGUCUCUUGUCAGCUGUCCCACACAUGGUCAUGACAAUCAUUGUGCCUAUUGGAGGACAACUGGCUGAUUAUUUAAGAAGCAGAAAAAUUUUGACCACAACCGCUGUCAGAAAAAUCAUGAACUGUGGAGGUUUUGGCAUGGAGGCAACCUUACUCCUGGUGGUUGGCUUUUCCCACACCAAAGGGGUGGCUAUCUCCUUUUUGGUGCUUGCUGUAGGAUUUAGUGGCUUUGCUAUUUCAGGUUUUAAUGUCAAUCAUCUGGACAUUGCCCCCCGGUAUGCCAGCAUUCUCAUGGGGAUUUCAAAUGGAGCGGGAACCCUCUCUGGAAUGGUCUGUCCCCUAAUUGUCGGUGCGAUGACCAAGCAUAAGACCCGUGAAGAAUGGCAGAAUGUGUUCCUCAUAGCUGCCCUGGUACAUUACAGUGGCGUGAUCUUCUAUGGGGUCUUUGCCUCUGGGGAGAAACAGGAGUGGGCUGAUCCAGAGAAUCUCUCUGAGGAGAAAUGUGGGAUCAUCGACCAGGACGAAUUAGCUGAGGAGACAGAACUCAACCACGAGAGUUUUGUGAGUCCCAGAAAGAAGAUGUCUUAUGGAGCCACCACUCAGAAUUGUGAGGUCCAGAAGAAGGAAUGGAGAGGACAGAGGGCAGCGACCCUUGAUGAGGAAGAGCCAACAUCCUACCAGAAUGAAGAGGGAAUCCUUUCAGACACAUCCUAAUGAAUGAGAGCCAGCUCUGUCUUCUCACCUUAGAACAUACUGCCUCCCCCAUAGUCCUCCUGGCCAGAAGGCCAAACAUGAGGACUCUGGAGGUACGAAAAGGGUGGGAAAGGGGGAUAAUCCACAACAGAAAAGAGAAAUAUCUUGCUCCGAGCUUGGUCUAAGUUGAUAAUAUACACAUAUUUUUUUAGAUUGGCAGGUGACCCUUCUCUUAAUAGAGCUGAACUUAUUCAGAAAGAAAUCACUAGAAGAAUAAGGGAAACAAUACCUAGUUGUUCAAAGAAAUAGUGAAUGAAAUGGGAAUUUCCUUUCUCCUUGGCCUGGAAGACCAAGAUGCCACCAUGGUUAGCCAUGCAGAGGAGGGUUCCUAUUCCUUAUAAAGGCUACUGCUCCUGGAGGCCCUGUGCUGUGCCAGGUGCUUUAUAAACACGCCUCUACAACAUAUAUUUCUUAUCCCCAUUUUAUAAUAGAGGAAAACUAAAAGCAACAAGACAGUAACUUACCCAAGGUCAUGCUCCCAGGGCUAGUGCUUAGAUUGGUAAAGACCCAAAUGAUUGGCAGUUUUAGGGAAGAAGAUUUUUGCUCAGUGUAGGACAGACAUUUUUAAUAAUGAAAACUGAAAAUAGAAUGGGUUUUGUGGGUGAUUCCCUAUUUUGGCAAGUGGGGGUAUGGGAAACAUUUGGCUGGAUGUGGAUUCAAACAUUCCCGAGGGGGCUAGAUUCAAAGACCCUUAGUUAUCUGAAGAGUCAAAUGGUUCUGUGUAUUCAUAAUUUUUUUAAAUAAAUGUCAUAGACUAUAUGAGUGAUUCAAAUAGUUUUUAAAAAGAAGAAAGAAAGCUAAUAAAAAAUAAGCCAAAUUUCCAGGAAUCAGAUGGUCAGAUUAGCUGGAAAGGAAUAAACAAAGGAUUGGCUAUUAAAUGUCAACUAUGUGCAAUAUCAUGAAUGUGGUUAAAUAAUGUCUCAAAUUACAUACAAACUGUUAGACAUUUAAUAAUUUAAGAAGUAGGAUCAUGUGUUUUAUUAGGUAAAAUUCUCUUCAAAGUGUCUUGUGUUUAAAAACAUGUAUGCCUUUAGCCUUUUCUGCUGGGGAUUAUAUUAGAAAGUUUGAUAAAAUUGUAUAAAAUUAUGAUUGAAGUAUUCAUAAUGAUUCUAUUGGGAAUGAUAUUAUAACAGUAGAUAUAAGGAAAAUACUGGAAUGAAAACAUCUGUUACAACUAAACCUAUAGUUAUAGUAAGAUGAAAAAUUCAUCUUUGCAUAAGGUAAUUACAUGCAUAUUCUCUAGAUAUAUUUGAAAUUUUAAUGUUGGCAUGUGCAGGGUUAUUUGAAAAUAAAAUUAUUUUCCUGUUCAUUUGUUUUGAAAAUUUUAUUUCUACUUUCAGAAGAACAAAAUAGUAUCAUGGGAAAAUUAUACAUUUACUUAUAUAUAGUUUAUGAAACUGUUUUUUCUCAUUUCUCUUAUAUAUAU